CACCGGGACACGCGCGUGUAACACGCGAGUUUUACACACAGUUAAGUUCUGAGCCAUUGAGAAGUCAUUUUUUUUCCCUCAAUUCCUUCAUUAUAGACGCGUGAUGGUUCGAGGGAAAAGCACCGAGAGCUCCACGAUUAAUUUAAUGCACGUGAAACCUAAAAAUACAGAAAUCAAGCCAGCUGAGGCAGUGGACCAGGGAGAUCGUCUGUCCUUGUGCACCAAACUAUGCUACGCUAUUGGUGGGAUUCCAUACCAGAUCACAGGCAGCAUUCUGUGCCUUUUCCUCCAGAUCUACCUGCUCGAUGUGGCUCAGCUGGAUCCGUCUUUUGCGUCCAUCAUCCUGUUUGUGGGACAGGCCUGGGAUGCGAUCACAGACCCAACAGUGGGUUUCCUGGUCAGCAGGAGCAGGUGGACCCGCAUCGGUCGUAUGAUGCCCUGGAUCAUUUUCUCGACUCCAUUCGCGGUGCUAACUUACUUCCUCAUCUGGUUCGUGCUUCCAAUUGAGCAGGGGAAGUUCGUCUGGUGCCUGAUGUUCUACUUCCUCUUCCAGUCCAUGCAGACGUGCUUCCAUGUGCCAUAUUCAGCCCUAACCAUGUUCAUCACGAGCGACCAGAAAGAGCGGGAUUCUGCCACUGCCUAUCGUAUGAUGGUGGAGGUGCUGGGCUCGCUGCUGGGCACUGUGAUCCAGGGACAGAUCGUCGGCGGUUCCUCAAAUUGUCCCACUGAGGACGGAUUCCCUGAGAGCAGAAACAUUUCCAGUAUUCAAGUGGAGCAGACGAGAAAAUCUUACAUGGUUGCUUCAGGGGUGGUCUGCACCAUAUAUGUCGUCUGUGCUGCCGUGUUGUUUUUGGGCGUGAGCGAGAAAAAAGGGAGAGAUCAUCAAAAUCCCCUGACCUUCUGUCAAGGCCUGUGUCUGGUGAUGAGCCACAAACCCUACGUCAAACUGGUCAUCGGCUUCCUCUUCACCUGCCUGGCCUUCAUGCUGCUCCAGGGAAACUUAGUCCUUUUCAUCACCUACACUCUUGGAUACAGGAAUGAAGUCCAGAAUCUACUCCUCACUGUGAUGCUCUCCGCGACUCUAAGCGUCCCGGGGUGGCAGUGGUUUUUGACCCGAUGUGGGAAGAAGAUGACAAUUUACUACGGCAUGUCUCUCGUAAUCCCCUUCCUGAUCAUAAUGGUGUCCACCAAGCUCUACCUGACAGCGUGCUACUUGAUAUCCGUGGGCGCAGGUUUGAGCGUGGGCGCCGCUUUCUUCUUGCCAUGGUCGAUGCUUCCCGACGCGGUGGACGACUUCAAAGUUCAGAACCCAGACAGACAUGGUCACGAAGCUCUCUUCUACUCCUACUACGUGUUCUUCAUCAAAUUCUCCACUGGGAUAUCGCUCGGUAUCUCUACGCUUAGUUUGAAAUUUGCAGGCUAUGUGACUGGCAGCUGCUCACAGCCAGAGUUGGUCGGUUUCACCCUGAAGAUGCUGAUCUCUCCCCUGCCAGUGUUUCUAAUCAUUGUGGGGCUGUUGAUAAUCAGGACCUACCCUGUCGAUGAGAAAAGGAGGCGGAGCAACAACAGAAUCCUGCAAGACCGUUUGAACAACGAAUCAAAGCCUGAAAGUUCAGCAGCCGCAAUCAAAGUAGCAGUGGACGACGACCCGACUGUCACUAACUGAGAAGAAUCACACACAUUUAUGCUGCCCUCCAGUGGCCAAUCAAUGUUAUUACACGUGUUAUCCAUUUUCACCAAUUGUGUCCAAAUGUUCAUUAGUUUAGAGGUUCUCUUUUUUUGUUAAGGAGAAAUUCAGCACGGAGAUCUUUUUUUUUUCUUUUAAAAAACCUGUACAUAUUGUUUGACUGAAUUAUAAAAUCUUAUUACUUGAAUCAGAUUUCCUACAAGCAUUCAUGGACUAUGCCCAGUAUAACUGCAGCUCAUUGGCACUGUAGUCAUUUUUUAGUUCUCAGUCAUGGUUUCCCUCAUCAAAGUGAAACAGUGCUUUUCUUAAACUGAACCACAUUGAUUCUUGGGCUUGUCCUUUUCAUGUUUUACAGUGUUGCAUUGUGGGACAGUAGAACAACUCGUGUUCCAUUUCGUGUCCCCUCGGAGUGUAUUUUUUUUCUGCUUCAGAUCAGACUGUUAUUUAUGCAGAUGUUACCUUGAAUGUUUACAAUGUUUUCAGGACGGCAGCUCUAACGAAGAGUGCACUUUAAGGAAACAUGUAGUAUCACAUGUAUUUUAUAUAAAAGGGAUGGUCAGCACCUUCUAGUAGGAAAAGAGACAUUUUUGUUCCCUCUCAACCCAAAUAAAUUGUAUCUGGAACAGCAAAACCUAUGAUAACAAUGAAAUGUGUAACAUUUGUUUAUACAGAUUGUUGCAUUUAUGAAAUUUAAAAAAGCACAAAAAGAACACUGUUGAUAUUUCAACGCUGUUUCAGUGACGAGCGCUGAGGUCCAUGACAGAUGAGGCACCGACUCCUCUGGAGUCGGAUGCACAAAUAUAUGACCUUGAUCUUUUAAAGCUAUUAAUUAUGCUUUAAUCAAUUCCAUACUUUCCAACAAUACAAUAGCAAGAAAAACAAAAGGUCAAAUUCAAUGUUUUUAAAUUUAAAUGGGGUUUCUUUUGGGUGCGUGUAUGGUCUUACCUUUAUUUGUAUAUGAAGUCAAUGCGCCUCCUCCAAGAAUAUCUCUGUCAAUCUGUUGUAAAAACUCAGCACUGCCCCCUAGCAGUUCUCCUGUGUAUUUGAAAAAGGAAGGUGUACAUUUGGCAAUUUUGACCAUAGAAAUGUUGAAAUCAUACAGGAAACAAAUUGAUAGAACAGUGUAGUUGACAAGGCUGCUGUCGAAACAGGCCAGUACACGAUGACUACCCUCUUGUAAAGUACAUAUACUGUAAAAGGCUUAUUCUAUGGCUACAAAAACCAAACAAUUGCACACAAACAUCUGUAUGUAUCUUCCUAUAUUCAAUAUCUGCAAAUAAACACUCACACAUUUUACACACUGCA